AUGCUUAAUACAUUUAAAUAUUUCCUUCCAGGAUGGUCAAAUAGUGGUAGCAUGAAUAGUGCACGAUAUCUGCACACAGCAUCCGUGUUAACAAAUGGAAAAGUGUUAGUUGCUGGUGGAUAUAAUAAUGAUGCUGCUAUUUUAAAUACUACUGAGGUGUAUGAUCCGUCAACAGGAGCUUGGACAACUAUUGGCAGCACGAUUACUGCACCAGGGUUUCAUACAGCAUCCGUGUUAACAAAUGGAAAAGUGUUAGUUGCUGGUGGAAAUAAUUUCGAUUAUGGUCUAGAUAGUGCAGAACUAUAUUAUGCAUCAUAA